UAUUAUAAAGAAGAACAACAAAAAUGGAAUAGAUAAAUAAAUAGACAAUAUACAAAAUAUAUAUAGAAAUAGUAUAUUUUAUUAGUACUUACAGCUAACAGGGUACCUAUUUUACGGUAUACCCCCAUCCACCACCGUCCACCACUGAAAUUACAUAAACCUACCAAUAGAGGCUAGAGCCAUAGCAACGAAUAGUAACAACAAAUAUUUUAUUACCUUUGGCCAGAAGCACAUAGGUACAGCAAUAACCUACCUACUCAUUUAGUAACAAUUAUAUUAAAUAUAUUAAUAUGUCUUACAGGGAUUUAUUUAAGUUCACUGAAGUCAUGCGAUCAUUAGGAUAUCAUCAACAAAUAUCUAUGGAUAGCUUCCAUAGUCCAAAUUUUAGUCUGGUAUCUGAAAUUUUGUUUUGGCUAGCUAUGCGUUUUGAACCUGACACUAAUUUACCACAAGAAAUUGAAACAUCUGAACAGCGAGUUUAUUUCAUUCGCUCGAUUGUAGAAUUUUUUGUUCUUAAGACCAAUGUCAAGUUAAAUGUAAAGAAACUGUAUCAAGCAGAUCGAAAUGCAGUAGGUGAACUAUUAAAAAUAACUGAAUUACUCAACGAUGCAUUAAAUACAAAACAAACUUACGAGGAUGAAGGUUUCACCAAAUUGGAAAUUAACUUAACUUAUAAAGCCAAUGAGCUAAAAACGACAAGAGAAUUGGCAUCAAAAAUUACUCAAAAAGGUGCUGCUUUAUUUCGUUCUUUGGAAGAAGAAAGUGAACUACGGCCAAUCAGAGAUAGCCGAGUUAAUGCUGCAUUGGAUAUUAAUGAAGUUGAACAAAGCCUUAAGACACUAAUUCAGAAAACAAAAAAAGAAACUGAACACACUACAGAUUUAAUAAAAAAUAUUUCAGCAACUGAAGCCAACCUAGAUGCGAAAAUUGCAAAACGACGAGAAGAUUUAGAAAGAAAUUCAAAGAGACUUCAAACUUUGAAACAAGUGAGACCAGCAUUCUUAGAAGAAUUUGAAGACUUAGAAUCUGAACUAAGAAAUUUAUAUCAAGAAUAUAUUACAAGACAAAGAUGUAUAAGUUACUUAGAGCAUCAACAAGAACAGGUCGCUCAGGCAGAACUAAUACACAUACAAGAACAACAAGAAAUGGCAAAAAAAAUUAUUGAAAAUAAUAAACAAGACGAUGAUUUAAAACUAUUGGAAGAAGUUAAUAAUGAACCGUAUAACAACCAAUUUAUAGAAAAUACUCCAGACAUUAGUAUUAAAGGAAGAGUUAGUAGUGCAGCUACAAGUAGAAACCGUGGUAUGUUUGGCCGCUUAUCAGACAGUGAAACCGAUUCUGAUUUAAUGUUGGAUGAUGAAGAAGAUUCCAAUUUAAUGGCAUCCGAUGGAGAACUAUCAACUUCAAGAGCAGAAAAACUAGGAAGUAUUCAUAGUGAUAGUGUCGAUAGCGACAAUUGAAACUAUUGAUAAUUUAAAAAAAUAUUAUAUUUUACUAUUUUAGUAGGUAGGUAUUGUUAAAUCUAAUAUGUGUACUACCACUGCUUCCUAUGCAUAUAUAUAUAUUGGUUACAAUCUGUAUAAUUACAUCUCCAUCUUCUAGUACAUGGUUUUUAAUCUUAUCUAUAUUUUUGAGUCAUAUGCUUAACAAAUGAUCCCCAAAAUAAAGUACUUAACAGAGUGUAACAGAAGAACUGACCAAAAAAAAAAAAAUUCAUGCUAAUUAAACUUAUGACAAA